GUACGGACAGACUUUUCUAGGGUGGCAAGUCAAAACAAGAACUUAGACCCCGAGAAAGGAAAUCUGAUCAUGCUACUUAGUGACUUUUACUACGGACAGCAUAAAGGAGAUGGGCUGCCGGAGCAGAAGACGCACACAACCUUUAAAUGCCUCAGCUGCUUGAAAGAUCUAAAGAAUGUUAAGUUCAUGAAUCAUGUGAAGCACCAUUUGGAACUUGAGAAGCAGAAGAGCGAUAGCUGGGAAAACCACACCACCUGCCAGCACUGCCACCGGCAGUUUCCCACUCCCUUCCAGCUGCAGUGUCACAUGGACAGUGUGCACACUGCCCAGGAGCCCUCUCCCGUCUGUAAAAUCUGCGAAUUGUCAUUUGAAACAGACCAGGUCCUCCUGCAACACAUGAAGGACAACCAUAAGCCCGGAGAAAUGCCCUAUGUCUGUCAGAUUUGCCAUUACAGAUCGUCGGCCUUUGUUGAUGUGGACACACAUUUUAGAACGUGCCAUGCUGACACAAAAACUUUGCUUUGUCCAUUUUGUCUCAAAAUUUUCAAAACUGCACCACGAUACGUAAAUCAUUUUUGGAGUCACUGGAGCAAGAGAGUGUUUCGAUGUCCCAAGUGCCGGCUACAGUUUUUGACCUCGAAAGAGGAAGUGGAGCACAAAACCAAGAAUAAUCAGACAUUUAAAAAGCCAGAGCAAAUACAAGGGUUACCUCCCGGAACACAAAUUAUUAUUCGAACUUCGACGCAACCAAGAUGA